CCUAACUUUCUGUUUUCCUGCUUUAUACUUUUAAGCUUUAACCCUCCAAACAAAGAAUUUUUGUAGUACCCCCGCCCCCCCCCCCCCCCCCCUUUUCUUUCUUUCUUAUAAUCAAAUGGCUGGGAAUUCUCCAUGUGCUUCAUGCAAACUUCUGAGACGCAGGUGUACCAAGGACUGCAUCUUUGCUCCUUAUUUCCCUUCCAAUGAUCCUCAAAAGUUCGCCUUAGUUCACAAGGUUUUUGGUGCUAGCAAUGUUAGCAAAAUGCUUCAGGAACUUCCGGUUCACCAGAGAGCGGAUGCUGUGAGUAGUUUGGUGUAUGAGGCACAUGCAAGAGUUCGGGACCCGGUGUAUGGUUGUGUUGGAGCCAUAUCCUAUCUGCAAAACCAGGUUUCUGAGCUUCAAAUGCAGCUUGCAGUGGCUCAAGCAGAGAUACUCUGCAUCCAGAUGCAGCAGGAGCCAGCGAUUCCAAACCCAGAAAUGGAAGACCCAGAUCAGAAAUCUUACCUUCUCCAAAAUGAACUCCCUCAGUACCUCAACUAUGCCUCUUCUAGCAAUGUAAUCUAUGACUCUCUCUCAAGAGAGAGUAUUUUUGGACAUGACAUGGUUUCUUGAAUGCAAAUGCUUCUUGAGUUCUUA